GUUGGCGUUUUGCUCUCGCUUUCGUAAUAUGUAGAAUAGAUGGAGUUUAAUCUAAACGUAAAGAAUUACUUUCUUUUAAACAUAAAAUAAAUUAAUAUUGCAUAUUUUUAGCAGUUUAACCUAGUUUGACACAACGAAUUAAUUUACGACUUCUUCAAGUUCUUGUCACUUUACGGCAUUGUUUACGUUGACACCAGAACGACUGUCAGACAGGCCGUCGAAGAUGGUUAACAGAACGAAAAAAGGAAGGUUUUUAAAACCGACACAGGUUGCACGUUAUAAUCAGCAAUUGAAAAAUUUACACAAAUCAAGUGAAGAAUGUGACCAGCUCGUAAAUCUUGAUACUUUUGUGCCUUUAUUUGAUACUCAAUCUACUCCUGCUGCGGGCAGCACUUUAGAUGAUCAUUCGUAUAUACAGUCAACAGGUUCGUUUGAUGAAAUUAAUGAAGCAUUUUUUAGUGGAAAAUUAAGAGCUUUAGACUUUACAAGACAUGUGGUAGAUCUGCAAGCAUUGUUCAACAACAUGAAAUGCGUGGAUUGCGCAAAUGUGUCAUUGAAGUUCAAUGAUGCUGUGGGAGUUUUACCAGCUGGUAUUUGUGGGCACUUGGUGAUAAGGUGCUACAACUGUCUUCGGUUUGUGCAAGUUGCCAUGGGAAAAACACAUUCAUCACCACAUGGUCAACAGAUAUUUGAUGUGAACACCAAAUUGGCAACUGGCAUGUACCAUUGUGGAAUUGGUCCAGUCCAACUUAACAACCUUUUCACAUCAAUGAACUUGCCAAACAUCAGUGAGAGCCUGAUAAGAAGAAGAUGUGAUGAAGUAGGGCCUGUGCUGGAAGACUUGGCCGAGGAAUCUACCAGUAAAGCUCUAUGUGAAGAGGGGCAUUUAUCAGCCACAAACAGUAUUGAGUCCACUGGAAUAACAGCUUCUGCAGAUGGUGCUUACCAGAGAAGAGGAUCAGGAAGAUGUUACAAUAGUCUGUCAGGCACUGCAACUCUAAUUGGUAAAAUGACUGGCAAAAUUGUGGGUUUCUCUGCUCGAUACAAAAGAUGCAGAAAAUGUGAUGUGGCGAAGGCAAAGCACAGAACCCCCAACAAGCAUGCAUGUAAGAAAAAUUGGACUGGCACCGCAAAAUCUAUGGAACCUGACAUGAUUGUAGAAAUACUUAAGGAAGUCAAAGACAAGAAUAAUCCUGUUGUUACACUGAUUGGAGAUGACGAUUGCACAGCUUUCAACAGAGCAAGAUGUGAAGUUAGUUCUUGCAUUGAAAAGUUAAGUGACAAAAAUCAUGUGAAAAAGAAUAUUUCCAACAAACUCUAUAAAUUAAAAUCAAAACACAAAGAGCUUUCUGUUAAAACGAUUACGGCCAUAAUGAAGAGUUUCAGCUACAUGCUAGCACAGUGCAAGGAAGACACGGACAAAAUAGAAAAAUCUAUAGACUCUGUUGUUCUUCACCAGUUUGGUGACCAUGUAAAAUGUGGCGAAUGGUGUAACAUGAAGGAAAACCCAACUGCUAGACACAAGAAUCUUCCAUGGGGAGCAGAUCUACAGAAUGAAAAACUGAAAACUGAUUUAUUGACAUUGUUCAGAGAUCUUGAUCCAAGCAAGCUAAGCAGACUAGACUCUAGCAACUGCAAUGAAAGCUUUAACAAUACGUUAAGAUCUAAGGCUCCAAAAGACAAGCACUACAGUGAGAGUGGAAGCUUGGCAUAUAGACUUUCUGCAGCUGUUUGCCAAAAGAAUGAAGGCUAUAGCUAUGUAGCAAAGGUUCAUGAGAAGCUUGGACUUAGUCCUGGGACAGCAACAACCUCGCUAGCCUCCAUCAGAGACAGAGAUGUUCAUCGCAAAAGAGAAGUUUCAAAAACAAAAGAAUUCAAGUUGCAACGUCAAAAACUAAAGAGUGAAAGGAGUGGAGAAACUAGGAGCCAAGAAGUCAGAGAGGGUGACAGCUACUCAUCAAAUCUUUUAAGAGACACACCUGACCCAGAUAUGGAAGUAAUUCCUGGACCAUCAGAUGUUUGUAAUGCCAAAACAAUUGUAUACUAUGAUCUGGAGACAACAGGAUUGACAGGUCAACAUCAGGAAUUCUAGGAUUUCUACAAUCACAUCACACAGCCGACAGCUCUUUUCUUUGUAGUUCAUCAUUUAUUUGCUGGUAGAGAAAGCUCUAUUAUUCAAAUUUCGGCAGUCUGUGAAGACCAAAAAUUCAACAAAUAUGUCACACCAAGCCAGGAAAUUUCAGAAGAGGCCAGUAGAGUGACUGGAAUGAAGUUUGAUGCCUCAACCAAUGAGCU